GCACAUCUCAAAAUUUUGAUUUUCGAGUUAUCUAGUUGUAGCAUUAAGGGGACGAGUUGAUGCAAAUGUUAUCGAUCGGAUAAGCUCGAUAAUGCCAUCAAUCAGUUCCCAUUGAUGGGGCCCAUUCACAUAGCUCAUGGGUGGGUGGUGUGUCUUCGAGAUGUAACGGGUCAAACGAAACAAUGGGUGGUGGGCGCGUUGCAAAUGGUCAUUGUUGGCGUUAUGAAAUUUGCGAAUGAUGGUGACAUGACACGUUGUGUGGUUGCCAUUCGGCUUCCUGGCUCGGGUGUUGCUCAGUACUAGCACGGACAGACACGUUGAACAGCCCCUGAGGGCACUGUACACAAAAAUAUAUCUCGAUCGGGGGAGUGUAGGGUGCAGUUUCUACACCGGGAACACGUGCCGUGGGGCAUGUUAGGGACUUCCGAGAACAAUUUGUCGCGAAUUCAGCGCGACAUGUCCGGUACUACUGCCGCCAGAAGAGAUUGUAUGGAAUGUUCAUUCGAUGCAACUGCAGCUAGCAAAACCGAUGCCUAUUCGGGCAGAUUUCGCACUAGCUCAUUUGCAGAUUCCACCGCAGGGAGGGUGCUUGCUUUGCUUGCUUGCUUCUUGAAGUAAAACAUUCUCAGAUAAACUAGAUCCAUAGUAGCACGUGCACUGUCCUUUUCCAAUGCAGUUGCCGCCGAUGGCUGAGGCAAAUGCCAGCAAUUUGCACACAUUCGACCAACCAACAGUGCACAGGUGGAAGGUGAUUAGUGUUUGGUGACAUUGUUUUCCGGACAAAAUGGCACAAACUCGUGUGACUGACGUCAUAGUCGAGCCCAAGUUUUCGGUAUGUUUGAUGAAAAACAUCAAAUUAACAUUGUUCAAAGUUUACUAAAACCAAACGCGUAACAUCGCUCGUCGGCACUGGGAAUGACUUUGUUUGAGGCUCAUUAGGGGCCAUUAGACACCGGCAUACUGGCUAUACCCGCAUGUCACCGCAAAGAGCAACCAUUCAUGUUGCCAAAUUCACCACCGCCGUGCAGGGUGGUAUUGUUUCAAUAGUUACUAUUGAUUGUUUUAUCGAGCAAAGCCACACCAUAUGGCGCACGGGUGCUGUAAAGACAUGUCUCAGCGGUGCUUCUCGCGAAACCGGCCCGAUGUGGCGAUGACGGGCUGCUAGCGAGACUCAUGCACUCACCAAACGGACAUACUAGACAGGCAAAUACUUAGUGCGAUUACCGGAAAAAUGCGUUUUAAAAAGGUGUUACCAAAAAUAUGUACAAUAUUUCGCGAACAGUCAUCCAGUGGACGACCAUGUCUGCAUCCCUAACACAGACGACGAAAUCGAACACCGCACUGUUGCCAGAAUUUCCGUCAUUCAUUCGUUUACUAUCGCCAUCGUGUGAGUGUUACUCUAGCUACCUAUCGAGAUGUCUGAAGUUGCCACUGAAGCCGCUGCCGCAGCCCCGGCUGCCUCGCCAGCCAAGACCAAGAAGCCAAGGGCCCCCAAGGGACAGGGCAAGCCGAAGAAGCCGUCGACCCACCCCCCAGUCAACGACAUGGUUGUUGCUGCCAUCAAAACCUUGAAGGAACGCAACGGAUCGUCCCUGCAGGCCAUCAAGAAGUACAUCGCCGCCAACUACAAAUGCGAUGUCGCCAAGCUUGCCCCAUUCCUCAAGAAGGCCUUGAAGAAUGGCGUCGAGAAGGGCAAGUUCGUCCAAACCAAGGGCACCGGCGCUUCCGGUUCGUUCAAGCUGAAGGCUGAAGCUAAGAAGGCCGCCAGUGAGAAGAAACCGAAGAAGGCCGGCGAGAAGAAGGCCAAGAAGGCUACCGGAGAGAAGAAGAAGGCCACCAAGAAACCAGCUGGGGAGAAGAAGGCCAAGAAGCCAGCCGGCGAGAAGAAAGCCAAGAAGCCGGCUGCAGCCAAGAAAGCCAAAGCUGCUGGUGCCAAGGCUGCCAAAAAGGCCGGUGGUGUGAAGAAGGCUGCUGCUCCGAAGCAGAAGGCCACCAAACCUUCCAAGACCGCCGCCAAGAAGCCCAAGACCCCAAAACCGAAGAAGGCUGCCCCAGCCAAGAAAGCUGCCGCGAAGAAGACCGCUGCCAAGAAGUAAAUUUGGGACAGCAACCGUACUGUUGUAAAACAGUAUCUAACAUCCAAUCAGUCCUUUUCAGGACUACCAUCCAAGUUUAGAACAAAGAGUUGCACAGUCAAUGAUAUUCCAUUCCUCUCACAGAGGGAAAUAAAUCCCCCCGAAAAGU